GUGAUAAAAAAUAAUGUAUAAAUAUCAUUACUAGAACUUCUGUAGCUACAGUAAAUUUGAAUCGCGCACAAGAUGAAGCUGUCAGUAGGUUUGAUCUUGGCGGUUUGCCUUUCUUCGUCACUAGCUCACGUUUUUACAGACAUUCCAGUAAGCUGGUCUGUAGAUACUGACACAUUACCAGAAGUUUUACCAAGACACUUAAAAGAUUUCUCUAACUCAGAAAUCGAAAGAGUUGUGUUUUCCAGUUAUGAAAAUCUAUUGAAAGUUACAAGUGAGUUCAAUGGAAACUCUUACAACACCACAGUUCCAUUCGCAUAUGUUAUGAAUGAAUUUGGUGUUCCGAGAUGGCGUUCUGUUAUCCCUGAAUCCACUAUGGAAUUUACAAACAGUGUAGUUAGAGGAUUAAAAAAUUGUUAUAAAUGUCAUACCACUUUUGAAUGGCUCCACGACGAGGUUAACCACAUAAUGGAAUGGAGUGAUGUACACGUUAAGGGAAACUACUUUUUUGUUAACUCAACCUUUUUUGACCAAGGAAAAUAUCAUAUUCAGUUUGAAAAAUUAAGAUAUAAUGUUAACACUUCAUUGAUCAAUCACACCGCAUUUUACUCAACAACCCAUUUCCCAAAAAGUGGUUUGACAUACAGUAACAUUAAAGCAUCUUUUUCAGGACAAAUUUGGGAUUUAAUGAGCGUAAAUGAUAAUACUUACCAUACCGAAAGCGUCAGAACUUUUAUUGACGACAUAUUGCUCGAACACAUUGUUCAACGUGUAGGAACGUCAAUGCAAAAUAACAUCACCGCUGCAAUUUACCAAGUUUCCCGACCAUACAGCUUAUACAAUCAUAUUGCCGGAUCUAACUUUUAUACGAAUUUCGAAGGUAAACUCCCAUCUGACGUCUCAUACAAAGUUACCAAAGUAACUACCGACAAAUUCAGUCGCGUUUUCAAGCGACUUGACAAAAUUACCGUCAACAUGGAGAAAAAUCAAGUAAUCGCUCAAUUACACUUUGUCAUCCACAAGUUGGUUGGACAUUUCGAUAUGCUUGUAGAAGAAGUCAAACCAUACAGUGGAAAAGUUAAUUUCGCCAUUGAACGUUUAGACUUCAUGACCGAAUUCAACUUGCUUAACGGAGAUGAAUGCACGACAGUCGUUACUCCAACUAAACCUGUAAUCACUACUCCUGAAAUAAGUUUAUCUGAAGAUGCUAUAGAAAUUUUGUCAGAUAGCUUAGCUCGUAUGUUGAAUACCCAAUUCGCAAAACCGACUAAUACCAUUUGUAAUGCUUUACGCGAAAUGCACAGUCAAAGUCAUCAUCAAAAAACAAACUUGUAAACCACAAGUGAUAAUAUUUAAAAAAUCACACUAUGUUUCAAUUAAGAUUAUACAUUUCCUACAGAAUUUUUUUUCCAAUUAAUAUAAGUGUGCACGUUUUUAUACGAAAAACAUAAAAAUAACAUACAGUUAUCUCAUUAAAAGUUAACUUUUUAUACUCAAAAAAAAUUGUUGUUUUUUUUUAUUAUAGUAAUAAUAUUUUGUGAAUAAUAAAAUCCCAAAAUAACGAUUUAACUAUAUUAUUACACUCAUGAAAAUAAAUUAUUAAGAACAGCAAGUAUUUAAGCAUUUUAAUUAUCAGUAGUUAUGUGAUUUUGAUAACACGCACAAAAGUCAUAACCAUGGCAAUUAAGUUUAUAUACUUUAUUGUCAUUAAAUUAUCAUUGAAUUUGCGUU